AUGCAAAGAAAAAAGAAGCCAGAAGACGUGUCGCGUGAGGAGCAGAAGCUUAAACAGAAGACUGAAAACAGUGAGGAGUUAAAUGAGGAAGUGUUCGAGAAAACCGCAAAUACCAACACAAUUACUCUUCUACUGAUGGGAAUCGGCCUACGCGUGUUGUGCUUCCUUUACGCUCGUCCGUUUCUGCUGAAAAGAGCCGAACUGACGUCACCAUUGGUUUCUUACAGACGACUACAGGAUGGUAUUGCUAUGUACAGAGAUGGAAUAUCACCAUAUGAGGGAGAUCUGUUUCAUUUUCAACCAUUUGUGCUACGGCUGUUUUCAUCAAUAUCGCUCAGUGAAAAUGUCAUGUUCACUAUUUUUAUGGGAAUAGACUGUUUGACGGCACUAUUGCUGUCCAUUAGUGCAACUUUCUACGGUAAGGAGAACAGAAGCAAUCAUCCGGAGCACCUGGGGCAGCUUGUGUUGAAAUGUUAUUUGUUCAACCCCAUAACAAUUGCAUGUUCGACUGUGCUCAGCAUCUCCGUGCUCCAUAACUUCAUUGCCGCUGGAAUUGUGUAUUUCUUCAGUACAGGGUUGCUUUUUCCAUGUGUGGUUCUUCUAAAUGUGUUUGCCAGCCUAUCCCUCUAUCCAGUAAUAAUUCUGGGAUCCAUUCUUCUACGGUUUCCGUCUUUACAAGAGCGCUUGCUUGCUAUCGGAGGCAUAAUUAUAGGAUUUACAUCAAUAGUUCUUUUUAAUUGGUUAUUAAACGGGAUGAACUGGAGUUUCAUCGAGGAUACGUAUGGAUUUAUUCUAAAAGUGGACGAUCUCACUCCAAAUGUCGGUUUGGUUUGGUAUUUUUUCACACAAGUAUUUGAACAUUUCCGAGCUUUCUAUCUAGCCGUGUUCCAAAUCAAUCUGCUUGUUUACGUGGUGCCUCUUCUGCUCAGCCUAAGGAAAGAUGCACAUCUUCAUUUGGUGAUCAGUUUAUUACUGGUAGCUGUAUUCUCUUCCUAUCCGACACUAAAUGAUGCUUCUGUGUACCUAGCAUUGUUGCCUACGUUGGAGAAAUACAAAAAAUAUCCACGUUAUACUCUUGUGGUUGCUGGAACGAUUAUAACUUGUAUAGUACUGAUGCCUGUUAUGUGGCAUAUGUGGAUUGUGGUAGGUUCUGGGAAUGCGAAUUUCUACUUUGCUGUUACACUGUUUUACAAUGUUGCACAGAUCUACCUAAUGAUCGAUUUAAUGUUCGCUUACUUCCGAAAAGAAGCAGAUGAGAUCUCAGCGUCGUUAGUGACCCCAAAGACAAACUUUGUUUUACAUUAA